AUGCUAUUGCAAUGCUUGCAACAACUGAACUGCCUCCUCUCCGAGCGCUGCACUAAUUUAAACACAUAUUUCCAAGGUCAUACCUUCUACCACUCACGACUUCAAGGUCACAUUUCAAGGCUAUAUUUCAAGGUCGCAUUUCAAGGCCAUGUUUCAAGGUUACAUUUCAAGGUCACAUUUCGAGGUUAAAUAUGCGUUCAAGGUUGGCUCCCAAGGUCGACUCUCAAGGGCGUUCUAGAACAUACAAACCCUACCUACUGUCACCCCUACUGUGGUGUAUCGUGGCGAACGAACUCCUCGUUAGGCUCAGCAGUAUGGGUGUCUACGCGCAAGCCUAUGCUG